AUGAAGACACUUUCGACUCUACUCAUAUAUGUGGCCGCAAUCACCAUUGCACAUGCCGCACCCACAGCCGACGCCAAAAACCGGGUAUCAGAAUCAAGUCUCAGAUCAGAAUACCAUACAUCUUGGGUAGAAGACGCAACACAACCUUGGCUUCGGAAGAGGGCCAGCGGGCAAGGGGAACCUUGUGAUCCUGGCAGAGGCGAGUGUGUGACGGGCCUUGGUUGUUAUGGGUGUGGUGGACACUCGCCAGUAUGUCAGCGUGGGCCUGGGUCGAAUCUGUGUUGCCAUCGAGAUAACCAAGCUUCGGUGGCCGUAUGCGACAGAACACAAGGCUGA